AUGGAUAAUGCGAGCGAUGACAACAAUAAUCAGCGGGAAACGGUUGCAAUAUCUCGUCGGCUUUACCAAGAGCGACUCGGUGCCAAGGGUCUCGACACGGUCAUAUCCCAAUUACAGCCUCUCACCCUUGAGUCCGUCGCUGAGUACCUCAACUAUGUGAUCGAGAACCGCGAGGCAAUCUUGAACCUCUUCUACUCAUCUCCUUGGUACAUCAGGAAGAGCUGGGAGAACAGCUAA